CUUGUAGCUGUCGCUGGCUAAGCUAGGGGCGCCAUCUUGAAGCCUGAGUGCUGUUGAAAGCCGACACAAAACGGUCAAACGCCUCUAUACGAGCGCGGGCGUUUGCUUUUUCUUGCCUUCGAGGGCUAUCUGGAACCGCGUUCGGCAUGGCUCGGACUUGUUACAGCGCACAUUAGUGACGUGCCAGUGACGACUUGGCCGCAGUGUGAGUUAGCUUCUCGCUUUUGGGUGGGAGGGAGGAACGGGGGAUUUGGGUCCAUUUUUUCCCCCCGAAGUAGUUUGUUUAUGUUAUUCCACACGGACAUGUCAUCUUCAAACCAAGAUUUAGCUGAGGCAGAUCUGGGCAUGGGGGCCAGCGGGGCCCAAGCGAGCGGCGGGGACGUCAUACCAAAAAGCAGCAAGAGACGAGCAGCGCCCGAUUUUGAUGACGACGAAGGAAACAAGUUGUUCAGGUGCGACGAUGACACGGGUGGCUCCAACGAUAAAGAGCGCUUCGCUAGGGAGAACCACAGCGAGAUCGAGCGGCGGCGGCGGAAUAAGAUGACGGCCUAUAUCACGGAGUUGUCGGACAUGGUGCCUACCUGCAGCGCGCUGGCGCGCAAGCCCGACAAGCUCACCAUCCUGCGCAUGGCCGUGUCACACAUGAAGUCGCUGAGAGGCAGUGGCAACACCAACCCGGACGGCUCCUACAAGCCCUCCUUUCUCACCGACCAGGAGCUGAAGCACCUCAUCCUGGAGGCGGCUGACGGCUUUCUGUUCGUGGUGUCGUGCGAGAGCGGUCGCAUCGUUUACGUGUCGGACUCGGUGACGCCCGUCCUCAACCAGUCACAAUCCGACUGGCUGGGCUCAUCGCUCUAUGACCAGCUGCAUCCCGAUGACACGGAGAAGCUGAGGGAGCAGCUGUCCACGGUGGAGAACAACAACACGGGGAGGAUGUUGGACUUGAAAACGGGAACGGUGAAGAAGGAGAGCCAGCAGUCCUCGGCCAGGAUGACGAUGGGAGCCCGUCGCUCGUUCAUAUGCCGAAUGAGGUGUGGCUCGUGUCCGGUGGAACCAGUGUCUAUGAACAGACUCAACUUCCUUAGGAAUAGAAACAGGAACGGUUUGGGUGUUGCAAAGGAGGGAGAGCCGCAGUAUGUGGUGGUCCACUGUACAGGAUACAUCAAAUCCUGGCCGCCCGCAGGUGUCUCCUUAUCAGACAACCAAGCGGACAACGCUCAGGGGAGUCGCUACUGUCUCGUUGCCAUCGGCAGACUGCAGGUGACUUGCUGUCCAGGUGACUCGGAUGUCAACAGCAUCAGCGUUCCGGUGGAGUUCAUCUCGCGCCAUAACUGCCAGGGCAUUUUCACCUUUGUCGACCACCGAUGCGUGGCGGCCGUCAGCUACCAGCCGCAGGAGCUGUUGGGAAAGAAUAUUCUUGAACUUGCCCAUCCCGAGGACCAGGGCUUGCUCCGGGACAGCUUUCAACAGGUGAUGAAGCUGAAGGGUCAAGUCCUUUCAGUGAUGUUCCGCUUCCGCGCCAAAUCGAGAGAAUGGAUUUGGAUGAGAACCAGCUCCUUCACCUUCCAGAACCCGUUUUCGGAAGAGAUUGAAUACAUCAUCUGCACAAAUGUCAACGUCAAAAACGCGACUCAGGACCCUCUCACACCCGCCCGCUCCCCAGGGAGUUUGCUGCCCGCCUCCCUGUGUCAGAGCGGCUCAAACAGCCCCUCUGUGGUUGUUAGCCCCAGGCAGGUAGCUACCAGGCAAUUGCAGCAGCAACAGCAGCAGGCCGAACUGGAAGGGGGCGGGGCCAGUGACGGCCUGUAUGAGGCGGGACCGAUAACGCUCUCCCAGGUGGAGGUGCAGCCGGCGACUUCGGCUGGGCCAGACCACGGCAAGAGCCUGGAAAAGCCCGACCUGUACCCAUCGUCCCUUUUCCAAGGUCAAAGCAAGGGCGUGGCCGCCCCUCCAACGCCCUCAGCCCAAAUCUACCCCCCUGUCAACAACUUCAACGCCAGCGAUGCAUACAGGCCAGUCAGCAUGGCGCCGCAGAUGCCGCAACCGGCCCACUCGGCGGGGCAGAUGCUAGCCCAGCUGUCCCGGCAGAAUGGAGCCCCGCAGCCCGUCACCCCCUCCAACAUCGCCAGUCCCCUCCACAGAGGACCGGCAGGAGGCUGGCCCGGUCCCGGAGCAGGCGCCGGAACCCAAUUCACGAAUCAGCAGGUGGCUCCCCAAGCAGCUAAGACCAUGUCUCCGCCGUUUGCUUCCAUGGGUGGGUUUGGAGGCGGCUCUUCUACUUCUUUUGGCCAGAUGCCCACUGGUGCAGCUCCCAGUCAAACCAGCGGCCCAAACUACCCACAAAUCAACGCACGUGCCAGCGUCAACACAAACGGUUAUGAUGCUUCUCAGUCGCAGUUCCCCUCCCGGGCAGCGGAGGCGGUGUGGCCCCAGUGGCAGGGCCAGCAGCAGCACUCGCAGAGCAAUGCCGAGCAGCAGCCUCACGCGCAAGCCAACCAGCAAGACAUGUUUACUGACGUGUUGUCCAUGCUGGACCAGCCCAGCAACUUCAAUAGCGAUGACUUUGAUAUUCCCAUGUACCCCACAUUUCACGAGUGACUGCAGGUGGCAGACGUACAGCCCCCAACCCCCCUUUUUUUUGGUCCAAAGCCCGCACACACGACUUUCCCCUCUUUGUUACUUUUUAUUCUCCUGCUCUCGAGAACGGCCCUCUCUGCUUUUGGCUCGGCUUCCAUCGCAGUGCUCAACAAGGAGCCGUGGACAGGUAGGCAGUUAAAUCAAGGGAUUGCAGCCUUUUUCUCUACAGAACAUUUCUUAGUCAACAUAGGCUGCAGAUAGGAAGUUGAAUCAAGGGAUGGCAGCCUUUUUCUCCGCCGAACACGUCUUAGUCAACAAAGACACAAAGUGAAUCAACUCACCUGCGCUCACACACAAUGGCCUUUCGCUCUUUUACGGUCCUGAUUCUUCUCAGGAAUUUCAACUUUGGACAUAUAAGCUUCAUGGAGCUAAUCUUUUUUUUAAUUUUAAAUAACUCUCAGGAAACGGCAGUGAUGUGUUGCUUUUUUUUAACUGUCU